AUGCCUGAUUUUUCGACCAUCGACUUGAACAGCAAAAGCAGCGCUGGCACUACUGAUGUCGAGAAGCAGCUCACCCAUGAAAGCCCCACUGUGCCUGUCGCAGCUCCAAAGACACUGGGUGCAGGAACAGCACUGCCGAUUGGGGUAUUCGCGACAACCCUUACUACGCUUUCGCUCAGUCUCAUGGAAUGGCGAGGAGUGACUACGGCCAAUGUCUUUGUAGCCAACUUCUUCUUCGCGGCGGCUUUCGGCCUGGUGGUUACUGCACAAUGGGAGCUGUCCGUCGGUAACGGCUUCGCAUACACAGUGUUUAGUGCUUUUGGCCUGUUUUAUGCUGGCUAUGGCGCGAUCUUAACACCAGCUUUUGGAGUGCGAACAGCAUAUGGAGACAAUGUGAAGGAAUACAACAACGCUCUUGGGUUCUUCAUGAUCAUGUGGACGGUUUUCGCUCUGGUGUUCCUUGUAGCCUCGUUGCCGACAAACUUGGUAUACAUCAUCAUCUUCUUCUGCGUAGAGCUAGGAUUUCUCUUAGUCUCGGCGUCUUACUUUGCCGUGGCAGAUGGACAUCCAACUGCGUCGAUCUCUCUCAAGAAAGGCGGUGGUGCAUUCUGCUUCUUGGCUGGACUGACUGGGUGGUACCUGACGUUCGCUCUGUUGCUGAAAGACUCCAUUGUCGAGUUACCACUUGGCGACACUUCGAGGUUCUUUGCGAAGAGCAGAAAGGCGCAGUGA